AUGAGUGAUCAAAGACCCUACUUAUUAAAUCAAACUAAGAGUGUACAUCAUUUUCAAAAUACCUUUUUCAAAUAAGAACCAUCUCCUAUUAAAUCCCAUAGAAAAUAACUGGAAUAACAUGGAUCACCUAAUCAUUUAUCAACAUCUCUUUCUUUUUCUAAAUAACUAACAAAUAAACCAUAAUAAACAUAAUCAGAAACAUCUUAUGUUUACUAUCUUAUACAAUAAAUGAAAUAAAUGGAAUAAACAAUAGAAGAAUUAAAAUAAGAGAAUCAAUUAUUAAAAUCUCAAUAGAAAAUUGGAUUUCUGGUAUGAUUUAUUAAUAUAAAACAUAGGAUUUGUAAUUUUAACAUAAAUAAAUGAAUAAAUAUCAUAAUAUAUUGAAGUCUGUACAAUAAGUUAAAUUGGAUAAUAUAAAAUUAAGAAAAAGUAUAGAAUAAAUGAAUUUGAUGAUGAAAAUUCAUUUGACACCUGUUAAUGAUACAUUCUCAUAAUUGAUUCAUCCAGAAAGUAAUUUAAUUGCUAUUGCACAUAAAGAAUCAAUAAAUCACUUAUAAAAUGAUUCAAUAAAUGAAUCAAAAUUAAAUAUUAAAAUAUAUGCUAAUAUUAAUAAAUAUUAAAAAUGUAAAACUGAAACAUAACUUAAGGAUUAAAAAUGA